UGCAUGCACCAUUUCAAUAUAUUGUAUAUUUGUUUAAACGCAUUAGUUUCAAAUAAAGUGACGCAACAUAACUUGAAAUAUUAUUAUCUGUUCACAGAUUGAAGUAAAAAACUUGAAGUAAGCCCUGACAACCAUUGAAAGUUAAGGAUUACCAAGCAUACGGUACAAACAUGGAAGUUAUUACAACUGAACGUCCAUCUACGAGUGAAGCGGUGCCAGAUUGGCAGCUAAACAAGAACCUAGGUGGUUGUCUAAUAGAGUUGUAUGAGAGGAAUUUAUGGACAGAUGUAAAGUUCUGCUGUAAAGAUCAUGACGAAGGUGAGACAAUUCAUGCUCACAAGAUAGUUUUGGCGGCGAGAAGUCCUGUAUUCCAGCAAAUGUUUUUUGGUGCAUUUAAGCAGAAUAAAGAAGAGAUUGAUGCAGAGAAAAGAGUUUUCGAUCUUCUUCUGAGGUACAUAUAUAGUGAUACAGUUACACUUCAUGAAGACACAGCUUCUGAUUUGUUACAACUUGCUCAUAUGUAUCAAAUUCCCACGUUGGUAGAAUUAUGUGCAGAUUAUUUACAAACCAUCCUAACACCGGAAAAUGCAUGCGAGAUUCUACAACUCGCAAUCAUGUAUGAAAUAGCAAGUCUUACAGAGGCAUGUUGUCUUGUCAUCGAUAAAAAUGCGAUAUCUGUUCUUAAUUCAGAUAGGUUCAUGGAUUUGAGCAAAGACGCUUUGCAUAUGAUUUUGAAAGGAGACACGUUUUUUGCCAAUGAAGAGGAAAUAUUUCUGAAGGUUGAGGAGUGGGCUAAGCAACGUUUAGCAGAACAAAAAAUGCAACCCAGUGGCAACAACGUUCGAGAAUAUCUUGGAAAAUCGUUUUAUUAUCUCAGAGUUCCCACCAUGUCAUAUCAGUCAAUGAGAAGAUGCAUACAAGAUAAAGAUUAUUUUACACAAGAUGAAGAAAGUAAGAUCAAUGAUUUCAUUAGCAAAGUCAACACUGCUGUUGUGACGAGUAACUCCUCCGAGUCCCGGACUUCAAUUUAUGAAACGCUGACUUGGUUUACAGCAAGAGCAGAAACGGAACAGUACACAAGUCAUUCUCUUAAUUUUGACUUUGAUAUUGACCUUAAGAAAAGUGUGAAGUUAAUCAGUUUAAGCCUUUGCAAUAUUGACGUAUACAUUGAAUACGAGCAUUUUCUUGUUGGUUAUCAAAGACAAAGAAUCAUCAACUCCCAAAAAUCAUUAUCAGAUUUCUUUGAAGAAUACAACGAUGAAGUGAUCCACCUCUAUAAUCGUUCCUGGAAUCGCAGGAAGUUUGUCCAGAUAUGUACUGAGAAAAACGAAAUAGAUCUUGAAAAGAGCUCUUAUCCAGCAAUCCAUGGUAAAAUUCAUAUCCCAGAAUUGAACGUUACACAAACAUUUCAAUUUAAUCCGUUACAAACGUCUCAUGACGUAAUCAUAGAAAGACCAGUGAUAUUAAAGAAAAGAGUCGCACCAUACAGGGUCAAGUUGAGUUUGAAGUUCAAUUGUUGCCUACAAACAAAUAAUUUAUGCAAUAGACAUAUGCAAAUGCAGAUCUUCAAAAUGUCUGAAAACACCAAUAGCAUGAGAGAUAAUAUUGCAGUAUCUCCCGUACGUUCUACCCAUGGAUUGCUGAAAAGUAUCACGUUUCAGAUUGUUUCAAACCGCCAGUGAUAGUGACCUAAAUAGAAAGAAAGACCUUGAAUGUUGUAUAUAGACAAUUAAAAUUUUUAUACAUUAUUUAUACUUUUAUUGAUUGCGCUGACAUGAAACAAACAACACUCAAUAUUAAGCUUUACCUCCAAUGAAUUAAUUGUUCAAAUGUGCAUGAAUUUGUUUGUUUUAAUAUGAAUUUUUAAUUUUUAAAUAACGUUACAAUUUGUUUGUAGGAAAAGGAUAAGACACAAAAGAGUUUUAACGUUACAUAUGUAUUCUCACAGAAAAGCAAAAAAGGUAAGGGUUAGAAUGCAGCAUUCCAUACAUAGUUUAUUCCUUAUCUUAUAUUUUUAUAUUUUAAUAUAUUUAAAAAAUCCGUCCGUUGCCGAGUGGUUAAGAUCGUUGACUUCAAACCACUUGCCCCUCACCUCUGUGGGUUCGAAUCCCGACAGGGACUUUGGAU